UCAGGCGAGCGACGACUGCCAGGCAGUGGGACCAGAACUCACCCACGGCGAAAGAGCCCAUAACUGCAUCCCCUGAUGGGCCUUUGGGCUGGACAGCCAGCUCCGUCUUCCUCCUGGUGACGAAUUGAGAGCGACGGAGCCGAAGCCAGAGUGACCCCUGGAAAGCAACAACUUCCGGAACGCGGCAUUAUGGGAAGUGGCUAGGCAAUCAUCUCGCCACCCCCACCUCCCGGGACCAUCGGCUCUAACGCUAGUAAAUCUGCGCCUGCGUACGGCUUGCGCCGGAAGUUCGGGCUUAGGGAUUUGGUUGUCAAUGGGUUUGGUUGUCAGUGGGUUUUCUGGUCUCUGACAUAACCAUGGAGUUAUAUAAUUGUCUCUGAAGUGUGGGCAUCUGGUGGUGGUCUGAGCCUUGGAGUUUCCCAGAUAAACUUACACAUGUCCAAAAAUGAUUGAGAUAGAGCAGGCGGAGGCCCAGCUUGCUGAGUUAGACCUACUAGCCAGUAUGUUCCCUGGUGAGAAUGAGCUCAUGGUGAAUGACCAACUGGCUGUAGCAGAGCUGAAAGAUUGUAUUGAAAAGAAGACAAUGGAGGGGCGAUCUUCAAAAGUGUACUUUACUAUCAAUAUGAACCUGGAUGUAUCUGAGGAAGCAAUGGCGAUGUUUUCUCUGGCCUGUAUUCUUCCCUUUAAAUACCCGGCAGUUCUGCCUGAAAUUACUGUCAGAUCAGUAAUAUUGAGUAGAUCCCAGCAGACUCAGCUGAACACAGAUCUGACUGCAUUCCUGCAAAAACAUUGUCAUGGAGAUGUUUGUAUACUGAAUGCCACGGAGUGGGUUAGAGAACACGCGUCUGGCUAUGUCAGCAGAGAUACUUCAUCUUCACCCCGCACAGGAAGCACAGUCCAGUCAGUUGACCUCAUCUUCACGAGACUCUGGAUCUACAGCCAUCAUAUCUACAACAAAUGCAAAAGAAAGAAUAUUCUAGAGUGGGCAAAGGAGCUUUCCCUGUCUGGGUUUAGCAUGCCUGGAAAACCUGGUGUUGUUUGUGUGGAAGGCCCACAAAGUGCCUGUGAAGAAUUCUGGUCAAGACUCAGAAAAUUAAACUGGAAGAGAAUUUUAAUCCGCCAUCGAGAAGACAUUCCUUUUGAUGGUACAAAUGAUGAAAUGGAAAGACAAAGGAAAUUUUCCAUUUUUGAAGAAAAAUUGUUCAGUGUUAAUGGAGCCAGGGGAAACCACAUGGACUUUGGUCAGCUCUAUCAGUUCUUAAAUGCCAAAGGAUGUGGGGAUGUUUUCCAGAUGUUUUUUGGUGUAGAAGGACAGUGACAGUAAGAGUAGUUGAAAGUAUCUUGUCACUGUUAGCCUUUUGAUUUUUUUUCCCACUUUUUCUUGAAAGAUUAAGUAAUUUCAUUUUAGUUCCAUUCUAGAAUGUUGGGGAGUGGGGGACAAGAAAAAAUAGUGUAGCUGAAAUGCAUCUGUUAAAAAUGUCAUGAUUGAAAGCAGAACUGAGUUUCAAAUUACAACCUUAAAAUUGUUAUUAAAUACUUCUUCACAUAUCAGUUGCCCAUUUUGAAAAAGAAAUUAUCCACAAAGGUAAUGUUGGUGCUCCAAUUUGCCAGCCAUUCCCAACCCCCUUCUCCCUUACCUGCUCUCACUAAAGAACCCAGAAAACCUAAUUGCUCCCCUUUCAGCCUCUGUUGCAACUCUUAGUGGCCUCAAGACACAGCUUUGGCCUUGGGAAUUCUGGGAAAACUUUGCUUCCUGAUUAAAGAAACAUAUGCAGGUAGGCCACCUCCUCCCCCUCUUACUGCCAUAAACGCCAAAGUGAUGGCUGGAGCUGGAGGACUUAUUUGAACUAUGACAGAAGGAAGGACCAAAAGAACCACGAAGAUGCCAGUUGCCACAUUGUUGAGCUGCUGACCCAACACCAGCCGCUGCCUAUCUCUAGAUGUCUUACGAAAUAAAACCAGUUUUGUUUAA